AUGAGCAAAAGAAAGAACGAUGAGGACAGCGACAUUGACGUCAGUUCUACUGAUGAAAGCGACAAUUCUGAUGUUGAGGAGCAGCAGGAUGAGGUUGUGAAUGUUGAUUUUGACUACUUUGACUUGAACCCAGACGUGGACUUCCAUGCUACCAAAAACUUCCUUCGUCAGCUCUUCGGUGACGAUGCCACCAAUUUCGACAUUUCCUCAUUGGCUGAUAUGAUUUUGACGAAAAAUUCUGUUGGUACUACCAUCAAAACAGAGGGACUCGAAGGAGACCCCUUUGCGCUUCUCUCGGUGAUCAAUUUGACUGACAACGUCGAAAAGCCUUGCAUUAGGGCGGUUGUGGACUACAUCCUCGAAAAAACGAAAUCGGACAAUGAAUUCAAUCUCAUCUUGAGAAAAUUGCUCCUUCCGGGAAAGUCGACUAAAGACCAAACCAAACAGCUUAAAGUGGGUUGGAUCGUGAGUGAAAGAUUGAUCAAUAUGCCCGUCGAAGUUGUGCCUCCAAUGUACAAGAUGCUUCUGGAAGAGAUGGAGAAGGCUGAGGAUGCUCACGAGAAGUAUGAGUUCGACUACUUCCUUGUUGUGUCGAAGAUAUAUAAGAUGGUUGGCUCGACAGCAGAUGAGGAAGAGGCAGCGCCAAAGAAGAAGAAAAAGGCCUCCACUGAAGAGGAGUUUGACUACUUUCACUACGAAGACCUUGUUUUGGAGGAGAAUGCCAAGUACCAUAAACACUACAAGUACACGAAUCAUCUCCAAGAAACGGACUCUAGAAGGGUGUUUACUGAGUACGGUAUUGAUCCCCGUUUGAGUCUUCUUUUAUUGGACAAGAAGGGUUUGGCUAAGUCAGUGCCUGAAUUGGCAGAAAAAUUUCCUCCAUUUUAA